AUGAGGGAGAAAAAGUAUUUUGGUGCAUGCCUACAUGUACACAAACUUAUUGCGGCGAAACAAACAAUUAUCGAUCUUUUUUCACACUUCAUUGUUAUAUAUUUUUUUGAUUUUGCAUUUUUGGAUUGGUUUUUAGUUACCACCGCAUUCAGGAUAACUCCCUCCUGCGCUUUUCACAUAGUCGCUCGUCUCAUAGGGCAAAGGAAGAGAGGAGGGAGCAGUAACAUAGAGAGUGCCGGGCAGCCGUGGCGAGAGAUGUUGACGCACGUCUCCGCACCUGACCCGGAGGGUCGGGUGACGUACACCUUUAAUACUCAGUCAAGAGUGGAGGUCCCUCAACGAUACGAGGUACGGAGCAUAGUGGGACGCGGUGCAUAUGGUAUUGUCUGUAGCGCGGUGGAUACUGCAACAGGGGACACGGUUGCAGUUAAAAAGAUCAGUAAUAUCUUUGGAGACGUCGUUGAUGGCAAACGUAUCUUGCGUGAGGUGAAGCUGUUAGGUUUUCUUAAGCAUCCCAAUUUGUUGUCCCUCAAGGACCUGUACCGCCCUUCCGAUCCGGGAUUUUCAGACGUUUAUAUAGUGACCGAGCUCAUGUCAUCGGAUCUGCAAGCCAUUCUUCGAUCGAAGUCUGUGAAACUGGCAGAAGUGCACUGCCAAUAUUUUACGUACCAGCUCCUGUGUGCGCUGCGUUACAUUCAUAGUGCCAAUGUCAUUCAUCGCGAUCUGAAGCCCGCCAAUAUAUUAACUAAUUCGGAGUGCGAUUUGAAACUGUGUGACUUUGGCCUUGCGAGAGGAGGGGGCCCAAAUAUGACGCACUACGUUGUGACGCGUUGGUACAGGCCCCCCGAGUUGUUGCUUCUGAGUGAUGAAUACGAUGGGGCUGUUGACUUGUGGGGGAUGGCGUGCCUUGCGGUAGAGAUGUUCACGCGGAAGCCGCUGUUUCCUGGUCGGGACUACAUCCACCAAUUAAACCUCAUCACAGAUUUAUUAGGACUUCCCGACAUUGUGCGAGAUCUAUCGCAAAUACGCUCGCCGGAGGCCAUCAGCUACGUGCGUUCUCUCCCUGUCAAGGAGAGGCGGCCGCUGGAGUCCGUGUGCCCGGAAGUGAGGGAAAGGUACAUGGCAUCCAUCUGCUACACCAUGGAAGGGAGGGAUGACGAGAAUAGUGAUGAGAGGGAGGGGAUAGAAGAAGGGGGGGAGGAGACACAACGAGAGGAAAUAUAUGGUGAUGCUAACACAACGAGGACGCAGGCAAACCAGGAUGGUAGGAAUGGCGAGGAGCGGUACGCGUUGUUCAAGGAUUUUCUUUUUAGGCUGCUGAUGUACAACCCGAAGGAGCGCAUGACGGCGAAGGAGGCACUGGCGCAUCCGUGGCUACGAGAGGUGCGGGCAAACUGCGGCGGGAAGGAGUUUGAGACGGAGGCAGGGGAGCAGUUCUUUUGGGAAUUUGACAGUACCGAGCUGAGUGCUGUCCAGCUGCGACAGCUGCUGAUGAACGAGAUAAUAAAGUACAAUGAGUGA